AUGAUGGUCGAAGCAUCUGACAAAGCACAGCUCAUAUGGCAAAAUAUGAUUUUGAUAGCCUAUGCUUCAUGUAUCGCAGCUAUCCCUUUGGGAGAUGCUUUGUUAUUCAGCUCGAAGAUAAAACAUCGUUUGGCUAUUGGUGUAGCUAGAUCGAUGUUCGUUUCUGCCUUGGGCGCUUCUUUAGCUAUGCUAUUAACCUUCAUAGGAUGGCUGGCAUUGGAAUUCUUUUGUCCAACUCUUCAAAUUGAUCACUUCAUCUAUCGGCUCAUAGAGACACGGAUCAAAGAACGCGCCCACAGUCAUCUCAUGGCCAUAUUUGUACUACUUGAGGCCGUUUUGCUAUUCUUAACUAUCCUUCUCGGCGGAUUUUUAGGUUCAAUAACUACCUUUGCGGGGGAGCAAAACCAGAAGCAAACUCGUUUUUCUUUUGCUAGUCUUUUCCUCGAUUAUCCUAUUGGAUUGAGCAUCAUGACCUUCAUUCAGGCAAUUGUAUGGACUGCCACCUGUAUUGUCAGUCAUUUUCUGGGACCAAAAGCUCCACCACCACUCGACGAAAGGCAGGAGAGAAUGAUGUUCAUGAUGAAUCAAAACGCUAGUAUCAACAAUAUGAAAGCCAGUAGACGGGUCACCUUCAAGACUGAUUCCGAUGCAUCUUUUACUUCAUGUAAACGCUUAUCGGAGGCCAGUGGAGCCUCUUCGACAACUCCCAUCAUUCAUGAAAAGGGAGAGGUGGGUAGCGAAGCUAUACGUCGGAUCUCAUCUGCUACAUCUUCGAAUUCGCCUCUCCUUCCCGUGUAUCUACGUUCAACUCCACCACAAAACAAUCAGUCAAGCGUCAUCCCGCCUUCUUAUCAACAACAAUCUUCAAAUGUUAAUUAUGGCACACCUAAGGGUAAAUCACUUGCGAUACCACCUCCAGCAAUUCAAAAACCUUCCAACGAAGCUGCUAGACACAAAGGGCCUAACUUUACCGUACCACCAAUCGUUUCCUCGGUCACAAAUCGUUUUUCACGCAAUUCUUUUUCAUCACCUAAACCUCGGGUUCCAUCGUCUGCUUUAAGUCGUUAUGCUUGGUUAAAAAGUCAUACUGGACAAAACGGUCCAUUGAACACUUCUUUACCUUAUAGCCGCGUAAGUGGUAGUACAACUCUGAGCACACCACCAACAAGGUACCAGCGAGAUGAACAUCGAAAACCAGAAAGUCGAAGUAAUCGAAAAUCGCAUAUGAGCCGUGAUGAAUCGAUCGAAGCCGUAGUUAUUCAAAAUCCUCAUCACCUAGAUGAGACUGAGAGCUAUGAAACGGAUGGAACUGGUGAAGAAUGGGCUGAGACAAGGUCAGAACUCAGUGCACGUUGA